AUGCAUAACGGAAAGAUAGUUAAGCCUAAUCUCAAGGAGAGGUUCAAGAGCUUUAAUGCAACGUUUGAUGAGAUACAUAAGGCGCAGACCACGUGGGUUGUUAAUGACGAGCAGCUGCAGAGUGAGCUGAGAGUUUCUAUAACUGCGGUUAUGAUACCUGCUUAUAGGGCGUUCAUGGCUAGGUUUGGACAGUACUUGGAUCCUGGUCGGCAGACGGAGAAGUAUGUUAAGUACCAGCCUGAGGAUAUUGAGGAUCUUAUCGACGAGCUUUUUGAUGGAAACAACUCAUCCUCUUCAGCUGCCACGGCUAGGCGAAGAACAUAG